AUGUCUGUUAAAAAAAGGAAAAAAAAUAGACAAUUUUUAAUUCAGAAAGAAAACCAUGAAAAUUCUAUUUUGCAAAAUGAAUCAUUUUUUUUUAAUACCCUUAGUUUAGAAGAAGAAAAAUAUUUUAAAAGCGUUGAAGAAACGUUAAUUACUCAGCGUUUUUCUCAAGAAGAUUAUCGUCUAUUUAUUGAUAAUACUUUUCUUGAAAUUGAAGGGAAAGAACUAAAAUUAGCAAUUAAUCCUUUAUAUUCGAAAACAUUAGAAACAUUAUUAUACAUGGCAUCCCCACCUCAAGUAAAAAAAUAUUUCCAGGUAUUAGUUGGAAAUUUUAAAAAAUUAAUAUGUGAUCCUUUUGGGUCUCAUGUUUGUGAAACACUUCUUGUAAAAUCUUCAUAUAUUGUUUCUACAGAAAAUGUUUACGAUUACUCUAAAGAUAAUAAAGAAAUAUUUGUAACUAUGGAAAACCUUAUUUUAUUUAUGUGUAAUGAAAUUUCCGAAUUAUUGUUAACAUUUAUUACUCAUAAAUAUGCGUCGUAUGUUUUUCGUCAAUUGCUUUUUACAUUACAUGGAAUUAUAUUUCAAACAGAUUCUAUAUCUGAAAAAUUUAUAAAACACAGACGAAAAAUACGGGCAUUAGAUGAAAUUAUUUCUGCUAAACAAAUACAAAUACCUGUUUCUUUUUAUGAGAAAAAAAAAUCUAUAUUAGAUAAUAUAAAUACAAAUUAUGGUGUUACUGAAGUUAGAAAUCUUGCAUUUAAUCAACAUGGAUCUCAAAUUAUAUCGAUUUUACUUUUAAUUGAAAAAAGUCUGUUUGAUGAUGGUAAAUAUAAAAAACAAUUUUUAUUAGAAAAACUAGUUUUUGGCAAUAUUAAGCAAAAUUCUUCAAGUUUAGAUUUUACAAAAAAAACAGAAAGCGAUUCUUUUAUUGAAACUCUUUUAAGAGAUCAAAUUGGAUCCCAUAUUUUUGAGUCUAUAUUAGAAUUUUCAUCAAAAGAAAUUUUUGAAAAAUUAUAUAAUAUUUAUUUUAAAAACAAAAUUCUUAGAAUAUCUAAACAUCCAGUUGGAAAUUAUGUAUUACAAAAGUUUAUUAAGAAAAAUAAUAAUUCUAUAAUAUUUAAUGAAAUUUUUGGAGAAAUAAUCAAAUAUUUUGAAGAAUUGAUCGAUAUUGGACAUGUUGGCGUUCUAAUUUCUCUUAUAAAUACAUGCUCUUGUGACCCAUCAAAUAUUAUCAAAUUUGUGAAUGUACUUAAAGAAUGCUUUGGAGGUUCAGAAGAAAAAACAAUGAAGAAUAUUUUUUCUCUAAUAUUGAAUCUUGACCCAAAAAAUAAAAAUGAUUCAUUGAAAAAUUACAAAAAAAUUUUAAAUGAUUAUAAUAAUAUAACUAGUCAUAUUAAUAUUCAGGGAACUUAUUUAAUCAAAUCUCUUCUUAGAUUUCCAUAUGAAAUCUAUUAUUUUUUAAUUGAAAAUCUUGUUUUGCAAGAUAAAAAAAUAAUUCUUUAUUAUGCAACUGAUAAAAUUGGUUCAAGUGUUCUAGAAACUAUUCUUAAGUUGCCUGAUUUAACUCUUUCAGAUAGAAGAAAAUUAUUGAAUAGCUUUUUUGAAUCAUAUUCUGCUCUUUCUUGUCAUCCUUCAGGAUCACACAUUGUCGAUGCAUGCUUGUAUACUUCUAUAGGAUUAAAUAAUUAUAGAGAACGAAUUGCUGAUGAACUUUCGAAGUCUGCUGAAAUAAUAAAGGAUGAUUAUUAUGGUAAAAGAGUUUGGAAAAAUUGGCAAUUAAAUAUAUAUGUAAACAAUUUUUUAGAAUGGAAAAAGAAUUUGAAUUCUUUUAUACAAAAAGAGCGUUUGAAAUAUCAAAUAGAUAGCAAAAUAACUAAUUUAAAUGUAUUAAAUUCAGAUUUUCAAAAUAUAAAUAAUUAUACAAACUCUUUAUCAAUAUUAUCUGAUAACAAAAAAUUAAAAAAUAAUGUCAUUAAUGAUCCAGAAAAAGAAAUAGAUAUACUAUUUAAAAAAAAUAGAAAAAGGAGUUUAUCACAAGGAAAGUAA